AUGAGUACUGCGGUGUUGGAUAAUAUCUUACAGGGAGGAUCUUUUAGUCGACUAGUCUAGUUCUGGUGCUUUAGGACACCGUUUAUAUCAAAUCCACGCUUUAGGAAAGACUAGAAGGCAAACAGUAAGCUAGAGCAUGCUCUUUGCCUAGCUCUGCCCCGCAGUGACUGUGCGCGUGUGUGCGCGUGUGUGCGCAAACCGCACGCAUGACUCGCGCGUUCUCCCGGGUACCACAAUCAGACCCCAAAGCGAAAAGAGGGAUCGCAGGCGUCCCAGCAGUGCCCGAGAUGGUGAUUUUACACUGAGGAGUCACCGAGGCUGCGUGGAGGCUGCAUUAAUCGCUCCAGACACCAGCAGACAGAAUGAAGCGACCUGGGGCCAUCUUCCUCCCCCUGUUCCUCCUCCUCAGUAUCUCUCUGCCCGUACGAGCCUUGAUCUCCAACUGUGUCAUCAAGCGAGAGCAGGAGAGAUGCAUGGAGAGGAUCGCGCUUCACGACCCAGCACAGGACCAGGAGUUCGGUUGUGCUUGGGAGUGGGAUAACCUGACGUGUUGGGAGGCGACGAGCGUGGGCGACAUCGUGGUGGUCAGCUGCCCCGAGCUCUUUGAGUUCAUGAGCCCUGAGGAACGUCUGGGGAAGAUCAGUAGGAAUUGUACAGAGGACGGUUGGUCAGAGCCUUACCCACAUUACGUGGAAGCUUGUCUGUCUGAGGAAAAUGCCACCAAGCCGGAUAUGUACUAUGCAUCAGUGAAGGCUCUGUACACUGUGGGAUACAGCACGUCUCUGGUAUCCCUCACCACCGCCAUGGUCAUCCUCUGCAGGUUCAGGAAGCUGCACUGCACCAGGAACUUCAUCCACAUGAACCUGUUCGUGUCGUUCAUCCUGAGAGCCAUCUCUGUCUUCAUUAAAGACGGGGUGCUGUAUGCCGAGGAGGAUAGCGACCACUGUUUUGUCCACACGGUGGCGUGUAAGACGGUGAUGGUGUUCUUCCAUUACUGCGUCAUGUCCAACUACUUCUGGCUGUUCAUCGAGGGCCUGUAUCUCUUCACUCUGCUGGUGGAGACCUUCUUCCCUGAGAGGAAAUACUUUUACUGGUACACCCUCAUUGGCUGGGGAACUCCAACUAUUUGUGUGACUAUAUGGGCGGUUCUGCGGCUGCACUUUGACGACUCUGGUUGCUGGGAUAUGAAUGACAACACUGCCCUCUGGUGGGUCAUCAAGGGACCUGUUGUGACUUCAAUUAUGAUUAACUUUGUGCUCUUCAUCGGGAUCAUCAUCAUCCUCGUCCAGAAGCUGCAGUCUCCAGAUGUCGGAGGGAACGAGUCUAGCAUUUACCUCAGCUGUGCUCAGAAAUGCUUCAGUGAGCCCGCACAGGCUGUCCAGCAUUCGUGCAGGAUGUCAGAGCUUUCUACCAUCACCCUGAGGUUGGCUCGCUCCACUCUGCUGCUCAUCCCUCUGUUCGGGAUCCACUACACAGUGUUCGCCUUUUCCCCUGAAGAUGUCAGCAAACGGGAGAGGCUAGUGUUCGAACUCGGACUCGGCUCUUUCCAGGGCUUCGUGGUGGCUGUGCUGUACUGCUUCCUGAACGGCGAGGUGCAGUCAGAGAUCAAGAGGAAAUGGCGCAGCUGGACGGUGAACAGGUACUUUGCUGUGGACCUGAAGCAGCAGCGUCACCCUUCGCUAGCGAGCAGUGGCGUGAACGGGGGGACGCAGCUUUCCAUCCUGAGCAAGAGCAGCUCGCAGAUCCGCAUGUCCAGCCCCCAGGCCGAGAGUGCCACCCUCAACCUGCCAACCUGAACGUCUGAUUGGAUGAGCCAGCUCUAAAUCCGCCCCUUAAAUCCGCCCCCUUCUGAUUAAACCCUACUCUAGCCGUGGGGUCUCGCUCCCUGGACAGGCCGAAGAGGCUCUCUAAUUAUCAAUACUUUUCAAUACAUUAAUGAAAUAAAUAGAUGAUACAUAACACAUAAACUAAGCUUUUGUUAGAAAAUUUGCUACAUUAAGAGCAUCGUUGUUAGUCAAGGAUGGACGUGCUCAAUUAUAUUUUUGAAGAUUUCUGACAGAUUCACUUCAACGCACGUUGCUCAUAUUUGGUGCAGAAUAUUUCAACGUUCUGUCCAAUCAGAUGGGUAGAACAUCUGAUCUCAGACGACCCACAAUCCAUUUCAGUCUUGGAGCAUUUUGCAGCCCAAGCGGGUUACGGAGACAUACAUCGUUCCUAUUAAUGAAUAACGAAUAACUGCAAAUAAAUUCAGAUAUAAGAGGAGCGUCGGGUAGGAACGGACUAAAUGGUAUCUGAUUACAAAAAUCUGCUACUUGGAUACAUCUAAAAUAAUACCUGUGAUCAGAAUAAUUGCCUUGUGCCAAUUAAUUUCUGAUUAAAUAGUCAUUUUGUGUCGUGCAAACCUCAAAAUACUAUCGCUGUGUAAGGAAUAAAACACUUUGUGGGGUGUACUGUUAUAUGAAAAUGAUCAACUUUCCUUUAACAGCAUGCUCUCAAGUGUUUUAUUCCUUUUAUACGACAGCAACUUACCAACAAUAACAAUUUAUUAAAAUGUAUUAAUGAACAUGUGACACUUCGCACUUUUUAUCCACUUAUAGUUACAGUAAUUCAAUGAAAUAACUUACAGUGUUGUGGAACGUCUGUGAGAUAGCAUUUCUCUCUCUCUCACUCUCUCUCUCUCUCUCUUCUGAUCUUGCUCGCUCUCAAAGCUGUUAAGACAAAAAAAAAAAAAAAAAAUCCUUUGUCCUAAAGAAUUUUUUGUGUCAGAAAACGUGCAGACGCUGACACUGGAGACUCCUUCCGUAAACAUGAAAUUGAUGUUAAAUAAUAUUACAUUUCAUUCAGAUUACAUUUCCUCAGUCAUCUUCCCAGCAUUAUUACAGAGUAUGAUCCGUUUUAAACCCUUAUUAAAAUGGUUAAAAUGGUAUAUUUUUCUCUCAUGAAACUUUAUUUACAUAAUACAUAUUUGGAAAUAAAGCGCGACAGAUGUACAGAGCGAAUCUAUUUGUAUUAAAGAACUCUGUGUUUCUGCCAUUUUUCAUCAAUAGUAAGAAGUGCCAAAAUAUGAUUACGUCUGAUCUGUAAGAUAGUAUUGUUUGUUUUUUCAAAGCGACCAUAUAAAAGAAAUCCAUAUAUUCAGCAUUGCUUGUAAAAAUGGCUAAAGCUACUGUAACGAAAUGUGUGUUUCGAUAAAAACAUUUAUUUUAUUUUAUUUUGCAAUUUAUUUCACAAUCAGCCGCAAGUACAGAGUAUGUCAACAACAUAAAGGCUCGGGAAUUAGAAUACAUAUUUACGUAAACAUAGUAUUAGUUUAAAUGUUGCUAUUUCUUUUGUUUGUAAGUUGUUAAUAGGCCAGUACUGCAAGUGUGACUCUGUAGCUAAAUGCUAAAAAAAAAAUUCAACAUCUGAUAUCAAAACACGUUUGUUUUUUUUAUUUAAAAAAAAAGGAAAAAGACAUUUACGUUACAAAAUGUGCCAUAUAAUCGUAUAAACGUUUAAGAAGCUGUACGCUAUCGUAAUUGAUUGGUUGACAACUAACGAAAUUCUACCUGCAUAGUGAAAAAAUGUGUCUUUGUGGUCACGAAUUCAAUUUUAUUUCACUAUGCAGAUUUUUUUUUUGUUUUAUUAUUGGUAAUAUAAUAAUGCUUAGUCGUGCUUAAAAGUUUGUGAAACCUUUAGAACUUCCUAUAUUUCUGCAUAAAUUUUCACACAAGUCCUAAAAGUAGAUAAAGAGAACCCAAUUAAACAAAUGAGGCAAAAAUAUUAUACUCGGUCAUUUAUUUAUUGGGGAAAAUGAUCUCUAAAGGCCUCUCUCACAUUGGCUGAUGUUAAUGUUCAUGAGUCCACUAUCAGGAGAACACUGAAUAAUAAUAAUGGUGUACAUGGCAGGGUUGCAAGGAGAAAGCCACUGCUUUCCAAAAAGAACAUUGCUGCCCCUUGCUGUUUGCUAACGGUCACAUGGACAAGCCAGAAGGCUACUGGACAAAUAUUUUGUGGAUAGAUGAGACCAAAAUAGAAUUUGUUGUUUAAAUGAGACGCGUUAUGUUUGGAGAAAGGAAAACACUGCAUUCCAGCAUAAGAACCUUAUCUCGUCUGUGAAACAUGGUGGUGGUAGUAUCAUGGUUUGGGACUGUUUUGCUGCAUCUGGGUCGGGACGACUUGCUCAUUGAUGGAACAAUGAGUUCUGAAUUAUACCAGCGAACUCUAAAUGAAAAUGUCAGGACAUCUGUGUGUGAUCUGAAUCUCAAGAGAAAGUGGGUCAUGCAGCAAGACAAUGACCCUAAGCACACGAGUCGUUCUACCAAAGAAUGGUGAAAGAAGAAUAAAGUUAAUGUUUUGGAAUUCAAGUCAAAGUCCCAACCUUAAUGCAAGAGAAAUGUUGUGUUAGCAGUUCAUGUGAGGAAACCCACCAACAUCCCAGAGUUGAAGCUGUUCUGUACUGAGCAAAACGGGCUAAAAUUCCUCCAAGCCGACGUGCAGGACUCAUCAACAGUUACCACAAACAUUUAUCUGCUGUUAUUGCUGUACAAGGGGGUCACACCAGAUACUGAAAGCAAGGGUUCACAUACUUUUGCCACUCACAGAUAUGUAAUAUUGGAUCAUUUUCCUCAAACAAUAAAUGACCACUUUAAGGACUUUUUUUUUUUUGUUGAAAAUCUGAUGUUUUAGGUCAAGGGUUCACAAACUUUCAAGCAGCACUGUAUAUUAAAUUAUUAAAAUAGAAUAAUUGCAUAUUAUAUUAUAUUAUAUGAUAUUACCAACUCUUCAAAGUGCCUGCUGGUCAAUUAUUUAUAUCUCACUUCAAAAAAACCUAAAUAUUAAAAUUUUCACUGAUAUUGAAUUAAAAAUAAUAUACUACUGAUGUCUUUUUUUUUAGCUUACAGUACUGAAAGCAGUGAAUAUCCAGUACUAUUAUAGUUAGGAAUAUAUAUAUUAAAAAAAAAAAUCUGUUGGUGCACCACAGACUGUGAUCACGUUCAUCGUAAACAACGUAAACUGCAAAUAAAGAAUUUUAGGGCUAAAAACGUUUCAAAUGUAUGACUGAUAGGGAAUAAUUCUCAGACCCUUUACAAAGUGUAGUCUGAUGUCAAAUCUAGUCACGCAACCAAAAUUUUGCUGACAAUCAUAUUUCUUUUCUUCCUCUUCUUCUUCUUCUUCUUAUUUUUUUUUUAUUUUUUUUUAAUGUAUCCUUACUGUGAUUUAUUUGGGGACAUAAACAUUGCCGUGUUUGCUAAGUGUGCUUUCAGUCUCGUUCGGUCAGAAAUACGUGUAUGUAGAACAUUAGCUCAGCUGAACCAGUCAUUAUCUUGUGAAUGAAGAAAAAAAAAAAUUUUAAAAAUCAAUGUGCGAUAUGAAAAUGCGUUCAGGAUGAGAAGGUCACGUUCUAUCAAACAUCGACAUUUUAAAUAGUUUUAAUGUUUCGGUGAUUGUCCUGUAACUGCUUUGUGUUGACCGUCUCUCCGUCGGUUAAGAGUUCGAGUAUGAUUCGCGUGUCUCGGUAUAUCAGUGUGAAGCUUCAUAUAUAACAUGCUCCAAGUGAUGGGUUCACCUUAUAAGGAUGUGAGAGGUUCACAAACCCUAAUUAAUUAAUGAAUAUCGGUGUCAAUAAAAUGAAAAUUAACAAUGGGGGGGAGGAAGGGCACAACAGAAUGCACAGCAGUCUAAUAAAGGAAUACAGCAUGUUUAUUUUCAGUUUAAUCUCUAAUCAAUGCAUCUGUAACCUUCAUGUGAUUACUACUGAUAAAAAUCAUGAUGUUUACUGAAACAUCUCUACUGAAAAAAACAACGGUAAACCCAUUUAGUCCAAAUUCACUCGUAAUGGAAGUCUAAGUGCAGCUGUUAAAGGUUCUGAGGAAACCGGAUUCUGGUCCGGAAUGCUUGUUUGGGUUUGGAUGGGCUACUCUAUCUCUCGGGCCACCAAAGUUCCUGAGGGCAGAGCUUUGUGAACAUGGGUGGGAAUGGAGCAGCGAGCUAAAGAAUCAAAAUGUUAAACACACCAUGUACUUCCAAAAGGUCUUAGGAUGAGCCAGAAUAUUAGAGAGUAUCUUAGUAAAACAAGGCUUUUUUUUUUUUUUUUUACCCAAUCUUCCAGUAAAAAUGUAUGCGCAUAAAUAGAAAUGUCACCGAUCAGACAACCAGUAUCACUAUCGGGCUGAUAGUAGCUAGAUAAUUAGAUAAAUAAAUAAAUAAAUAAAUAAAUAAAACCAAUGGAUGAUCAUAUAUCAGGCAAAAACAUGUAACUCCGUAACAAAUAGCAAAGAUUAGAACUGGAUUUGGAAAAGAAAUUUUGUUUUGAAACUGGAAACGUUCACAUAUAACGAGUCUUAACUGUUUUUUUCUUGUGUUAGGAUUCUUUUUUGUACCUAAUUAUACUUUCAACUGCGUAAUAUUUAUUUUAUUUUCAAGUUCAGUGGCUUUCGUGUGAAAGAGUUUACCCGUGAAGUGUUUCAGCUAAAAAAAAAAAAAAAAAACACACCUGUUAGUAAUCAUUUGUAUCAGUUUUUAACAAAAAACAAUAUCAGAUGUGUAUCGAUAUCAGUUGAUACUCAAGGUUUCAGUAUUGAUAUCGGUGAAGCAGUCCUUCCAGGAUUUCACGAUCACAUCAACAAAUGUAGAAUUAAGCAUAGUCAGCAAUUCGGAGUUCGGAGGAGCUUGCGAUUUUUUCGAAAUGACACGGCAUUCAGCCAAAGCCGUCUUCGAGUCACGUGCGUCCAACAUGAGUACUGCUAAAAGGUCUCAUUUACCAGCAAACAUCACUAUGAAAGAGCGUGCACAACAGCAAAUUCCCCGGUUAAAGCAGUUUUCCGCAAAAAAAAAAAAAAAAAACUGCAAGCCGCAACAAAAACAAGCAUUUUUGGUUGGACCGAUCGCAAAAAAAACAUCAUCUGAUCUCUAAAUGGAUUAAGUAUACAGAUUUUGAGCUUAAAAUGAAUUCUCAGGAUUCAAGAACUGCCCUUAGACUUCCAUGAUAAAUGAGUUUGCUCUAUUUUCACUACAAAAAAGCGUUGUAUGCAACAUACAGUACGUAAUUCAGGUUUUUGUUGUUGUUGUUUGUUGGUUUUAGGUUGUUGUUUUGGGUUUUGUUAAGCAUUGGGGCACUCCUUUAAGAAUCAUUGGAAUACUUGUGCUCUAAUUUCAGCUUGUACGCUUAUACAGUUUAUUUAUUUGCGUGUUUUCUUGAUUAUUUUUUUUAACCGUAUAACAUGAAGAGUGUACAGAGAGAACAAAUGAUGUGUUGACCUGACUGAGAUGCAAAUGUUUUGAAUGUGAAAAUGUAUUCUGAAAGAAAGAAAGAUUGCGUAAGAUGUUAUGCACCUGCAUGUAAAAUAGAAAAAGGAGAAGGGGGGUUGGGGGAGCUGCUGCUUUUUGUGUUCUUGACACCAGCUGUCUUUCUGAGUGAGCGUGCUCAGAAGGUAACGACCAUGUCUCGAAGCUGUUAUAUACCAAUGCCAGCUGUGUGUGUGUGUGUGUGUGUGUGUGUAUGUGUGCGCGUGUGUGCCUGUGUGUGUUGCAUUUGCCUUCCACUGGGUGGUGUUAUGUUCUUUUCUUUCAUUACUGCGCUCAUCAUGAAGAGAGCCUUUAAAUCCACACAUGGCUCUCGUUGACUCGUCGUAGAGCGGCGUAGAUGUGCUUUUCGGACCUUGAAUGUACUGAACAGAAUUGUAUUGUACUUUCAGAAUAAGUCGUUGUGUAUCAUAGCCUGCUUUGUUUUCUUUCUUCUUUUCCAUGAUGUAUUGUAAAGCUUCUUGGUAAACAGCUGCGCGUUUUUUUUUCUACAUGUAGAAAGUCAUUGUAGAUGAACUUGGUAUUUCUGAUGUCUGUGCCAAAUUUUGUAUCUGUAUAUGGAUUUUUAUUGUCUGCUUUGGAGUGAUACGGGAGUGAGGAUGCAGUCUGAGAUGGCCUCGUCGUUAAUAGUCAGUGGUUGUUCAUGGACAAAUAAAAAAAAUUUAUAAAAAAAAAAAAAGGAUGAAGAUGAAGACAAAAACUCUGUAUUCAAAACAGGGACACUGGUUGUGUAACAUUCUUUGAGAAUAUAUCAUUAUUUCUUUGUAAAAGUGCCAAAAUAUUCAAUAAAUAGAUGAAUC